CCUCGCCGCCCGGGCAGGCGGCGUUCUCGCGAGAAUCUCCGCGCGCACCCCGGAAGUGGCGGCAGUAGAACCCGGAAGCGGCGGCGGGGCAGGAUGGACGACACGCUUUUCCAGCUGAAGUUCACAGCAAAGCAGCUGGAGAAGCUUGCCAAAAAAGCUGAGAAAGAUUCCAAGGCCGAGCAAGCCAAAGUUAAAAAGGCCCUUCAGCAGAAGAACGUGGAGUGCGCCCGCGUCUAUGCGGAGAAUGCCAUCCGCAAGAAGAACGAGGGGCUUAACUGGCUCCGCAUGUCUUCCCGGGUGGACGCGGUGGCCUCCAAGGUCCAGACGGCAGUGACGAUGAAGGGGGUGACGAAAAACAUGGCCCAGGUGACCAAGGCCUUGGACAAGGCUCUGAGCUCCAUGGACCUGCAGAAGGUGUCUGCCGUGAUGGAUAAAUUUGAGCAGCAGGUUCAGAAUUUGGAUGUUCAUACGUCGGUCAUGGAAGACUCCAUGAGCUCCGCUACCACGCUGACCACGCCGCAGGAGCAGGUGGACAGCCUCAUCGUCCAGAUCGCGGAGGAGAACGGUCUGGAGAUCAUGGACCAGCUCAACCAGCUCCCCGAGGGGGCUUCGGCAGUGGGGGAGAGCUCGGUGCGCACCCAGGAAGACCAGCUGUCGCGGAGGUUGGCUGCCUUGCGGAACUAAGGUCUCCUGUCGCCCCUGCGGACUGCUGCCCCGCACGGGUGGUACGACGUGUGGGGUGGAGGGGCCCGGGACUCCUUCCCCACCUCUGCUACGUCCUUGCUCUGACCCACCGGCCAGGCGGAGUCGGCCGUCCCCUCCUCCAGCAGCACGUCCCCAGCCCUGCCUGCGUUCAGACUCUUCUUUUGGGGUGUGACGGUGACGCCUUUUCCCAGAGCAGGCAGCGAUCCUGGCGGGGGGUUUCUGAGCAGAGGCGGCCCCUUUCUGGGCUUGAGGAGCGCUUUGCUGGUUCUGAUUUCAGGGUGUUUUUCAUUUGAGGGUUGAUGCUGGCUUCACGACGCGACGUCCCGCUCCUGAUUUUAACACUAAACGAAUCCUUCUGGAGGCGGGCCGCGGUGUCUUCCGGGGUGCUGCUCGCCUGACUCUCCUCCGUGCAUAGCACGCUUUCGUUAUCUGUUUUAGACCGGGUCUCCAAGUCGUGGGCUGUGUUUUCCUCGCAGCAAGGAGCUGUUUACAAGGAGCAGGGAGAUUCCCACAGGGCUGCCUUCCUCUGGCAGUGGUUUGGGAAGGGUUGUUUUCCCAGCUGCGGUGUUUCUGGGAAGGUUAGUGCCUUGCAGGGAGGGGAGGUCAUGCUGCGGCACCUCGUCCCUCGCAGUGACCUUGCCGAGCCCCGGCUCGUAGCUGUAGCUGGGUGCUGCAGGCUUCACCUUGCCGAUCCUCAGCUCCUUGUCCUGCCAAACCUCCCUGGAGCUCUGUACCACAAAGUGACCUUUGAAAGGCUCGUCCUCCCUGUGUGUGCAUCCACACCUCCCCCUCCCCACCCGCUGUGGGCUGGAAAUGGUUAUCCAGGCCCUGACCUCCCGUGCGGAACCGGUCCCGGCCCCGUGUCGCCAGCUGGGAGCGGAUGGCAGCAGCUUCCACCCCUGGGCUGGCAGCUGUGGUGGCCGCAGCCUCGUCCCCCGGCCGGAUGGGUGUGAACCGUCCCCAGAGCGUCUCUGCUUUCCCCGGCUGUGGCUUGUUCCCUGGAUAUCUGCCGCCGUUUCCUCUCUGCCGUCCCCACCGCGCUGCGUCUGCUCCGUGCUGCUGCCCGCAGAGCGUGGUAGCAGGCUGGGCGAGCGGGGGCUGCUCCCCGUGUCCCCCCUCCUCUGGCUGCUCGUGGGGAAACCUGGCUGCUUGUCACUCAGAGCCUCUGAGCUGGGGUAAAACCACGACGCCCUGGGGCUGAAGUUUCCUGUUCCCCCUUCUCUGUGACCCUGAGGCACCACCGAGGUGCUGGAUUGAUGGGAACCUCGCCGGGAAGGAAAUGUAGUUUCCUCUGGCUCUCACGAGGAAGAACUUUUAAACCGUUUGGAACCUCCUCGCCGCAGGCUGUAAACGAGGGCCGUGCGUGCAGCCAGGGGUGAGCGGCUGGUCCCGCUGCAGCGGGCAGCUCCCGUUCGUCGGUUUGAAAGGGAAUGUUAAGACGUGCGCGGCUGCUGCUGUGGGCUGUGCGAGAGGAGGGAGGGGAAGCGUGGGGGGAAGCGUGGGGCCGCUCCCAGCGUGGGGCAGGACUGGCUGCGGGCCAGGGGCCGUCUCCCCAGCACUUGCAACACAAACAUUUCUCACCGUUUUGAUUAUUUCUUAUGAGUUCGGUGGCCUUGGUAGCGUGUGGCCAGUGACCGACAGAGCCUUCUUCCCCGGCGCCUGUGGUGGGGGCGCGGGGUGGUGACCGAGGAGGAGGAGGCUUAGCACCCGUGGGGCCGGGAUGUGCCCUGCGGCCCCUGGAAAUGCUCCUUCUCUGUGUGAUGUUUCUCCGUGGUUUCAUUUGUGGGGUGUUUUGGUUUUGUUUUUAAGCUUAUCUCAUUUGCCUUUUUCUUCUCCACCCCCCUGUUGAUUACCUUCUGCUAUUUUAAAUAAACAAUCCCUGAACGUC